AUGCAGGACCCUCAGAAUCCGGCAGAUGAUAGAACGUCGGAAUAUGGAGAUGAUCAUUCCGAGCAAUCGUCGCUGGUGUCUCUGAGAUCGAGUAUUCUUGAGCAUCAAGCCGAAAAUGGACGGACGUAUCAUUCCAUGAGCUCAGGAAAAUACAGUUUCCCCAAUGAUGAGCCAGAGAAUGACCGUCUCGAUCUUCAACAUCGCAUCUGGCUUCUGCAACUGGAGGAAGAAUUAGCCCUUUGCCCUGCACAUAAGACUGCGAAGCGGGUGCUGGAUAUGGGAACGGGAACGGGGAUCUGGGCCAUUGAUUUUGCGGACAAUUUCCAGUCUGCCGAGGUUCUUGGCGUUGAUUUGAGCCCGAUUCAACCUGAGUGGGCGCCUCCCAACUGCGUCUUCGAGGUCGACGAUCUGGAAAAGUCAUGGACCUGGACUGAACCCUUUGACUUUAUCUACUGCAGGAGCAUGGACGGUGCAUUCGCGAACAAAGAAAAGAUGAUUAAAAAGGUCUACAAUGCCUUGACUCCGGGAGGCCACUUUGAAGUCGCAGGACUCGAGUUGCCGCCGGGAUGCGAUGAUGACUCGGUCCGCAAGGACUCGGACUUGUGGAGGUGGCACGAGCUGCUGCAAGAAGCCGCCACCAAGAUUGGGCGGCCGCUGGAAAGUCUGGCCCACAACAAGACGGACCUGGAGGAGGCCGGCUUCGUCAACAUUGUGCGCAAGGAUUACAAGCUGCCCCUCAAUACCUGGCCCACGGAUCCCCAUCUGCAGGAAUUGGGGCAGUGGCAGUUUGUUAACCUCAAUAUCGGCCUCGAGGGGCUGUCUCUUGGGCUGCUUACCCGCGUGCUGGAAUGGUCCAGAGAAGAGGUUCUCGCCCUGUGCGCUGGCGUCCGGAGAGACUUGAAGAAUAAGAAAAUGCACGCAUAUUGGAAGAUCCACGUUGUCUAUGCGCAAAAACCUGAGAAUACUUCUCAAGAGUCUUAA